AUGGUCUCGAUUACCGCUACGCUGCUCGCUUGCCUUACCCUGUUGUCCUCGGUGCUGUCCGCCCCGGUUGAACUCCGUUCAACCUCUCUGGAAUCCAGGCAGACUGCUCAAAGCGCGCCGCAUUGGGUGUUGUACUGGGACCAGUGGGUCAAUGGGGAGAAUGGACCUCCCUCUCCUUCAACCAUAUAUGGCUUCAACGUCUUUAUCUUGUCCUUCUUGUUGAGCACCGGACCCGCAGACCAAGUACUGGAGUGGACGUACCUCAGCAAUGACACCCGAGCAUCUAUCAAGUCGGAGUAUGAAGCUGCUGGCAUCAAGCUCAUGGUUUCUGCUUUCGGUGCAACCGAUGCUCCAACGACGAACGGAUACGAUCCUGUGAGUCUUGCAACUACGAUGGCACAGUUCGUGCUCGACUAUAACCUGGAUGGAAUCGAUAUCGACUGGGAAGACUUCACUGCCAUGAAUAAACAGAAUGGACAGGCCGAAUACUGGCUAAUCAGCUUCACCGAGACCUUACGGUCGAUCUUGCCGGCGGGUCAAUAUAUCAUCACCCAUGCUCCGGUUGCACCAUGGUUCACGCCCGGAGAUUAUUAUCCAACUGGGGCCUAUACUAUUGUUAACGAGAACGCGGGAUAUGCUAUCGAUUGGUACAAUAUCCAAUUCUACAACCAGGCAAGUCCGCAGAACGAUGGUGCGACCGAGUACACUAACUGCUCCUCUCUCCUGUACGAAUCAUCCACCACAUGGCCGUAUACAGCACUCUUCCAGCUCAACUCCGUGGCUGGUGUGCCGCUCGAGAAGUUGGUAAUCGGAGUGAGUGAUCUCCAGAUCGAACCAUUCCUCGCGGCUAAAUUCUCUCGCAAGAAACCGGCAGAACCUAGUGACGCUUCUAAUGGUUGGAUCGAUCCUGCUACACUUGCUACGUGCGUCAAGGAAGCCGUCAAUGGAGGGUGGUCCGCUGGGGUGAUGACGUGGGAGUAUCCCGACGCAAGCGCCAGUUGGAUUGCAACAGUGCGGGCUGACAGUUUCCCCGUGUAA